AUGGCGCCGAGGUCAGCAGCUCUAGCGGUCGUCGCUGUGGCGGCGACGCUCCUUGCCCUGUGUGGCUCGACGGAGGCCCACACGCAGCUCGGGGCGUACAACAAGACGUGCCCGCAGGCGGAGGACAUCGUGUUCAAGGAGAUGACCGCCGUCCUCGCCAAGUCGCCCGGCCUCGCCGGCUCCCUGCUCAGGCUCUUCUCCGUCGACUGCUUGCUCGGAGGGUGCGAGGGGUCGAUUCUUCUCGACUCCACGGCCAACAACACGGCGGAGAAGGACUCGCCGCUCAACAAGGGUCUCCGCGGCUACGACGUCGUCGACUCCAUCAAGGCUAAGCUCGAGGCCGCCUGCCCCGGCGUCGUCUCCUGCGCCGACGUCCUCGCCCUCGCCGCGCGCGACUCCGUGCGGAUCACCAAGGGGCCGUACAUCCCGAUGCCGACGGGGCGGCAGGACGGGAACAGGUCGUCCGCCGGCGACGUCGCCCCCAACACCCCCAAGCCGGGCGCCAACAUCACCGACCUCAUCGCGCUCUUCGCCAGGUUCAACCUCACCGCCAAGGACCUCGCCGUGCUCUCCGGCGCGCACACCAUCGGCAAGGCUCACUGCUCCGCCUUCUCCCCUCGCCUCUACAACUUCACCGCCAACAGCAGCGCCUCCGACCCCACGCUUGACGCCAACUACACGGCGACGCUCCGCGGGCAGUGCAAGGCCGGCGACCUCGCUACCCUGGUCGACCUCGACCCUGGCAGCGGCGCCACGUUCGACCUCGGGUACUACGGGGACGUCGCGGCGAGCAGGGGCCUCCUCUCCACCGACGCCGCGCUGCUCCUCGACGGGGACACCAGGGCCUAUGUGAUGCGCCAGGCCAAUGCCACCGCGCCCGACGAGUUCUUCGUCGAUUUCGCCGCGUCCUUCGUCAACAUGAGCAAGAUCGGCGUGCUGUCGCACCACAAGGGCGAGAUAAGGAGGCAGUGCUCCGCCGUCAACCCGCCGUCGGCCUCCUCCUUGGCGCCUGCCGCCAUGAGCGCGCACGCCGUGCUACUCGCGAGCUGUUUCGUCUCCAUCGUUACUCUGGCGCUUGUGCUCUAG